CCGCGCCGGAUGCGCCGUGGGGUCCCAGUGCCCGGCGUCUUCCGGGAGCGGGGUUCGCUCGCUGCGGGGCUCGAGGCCGGGCCCGGCGGCCACAGACCCCAAGCCGGCCGCGCGCCAGGCGCCGAUGGCCGGCCGCUCCCUGGGGCAGGCGGUAGCCACCGUGUCGCUCUCCGUGGCCCUCGCGUCCGUGGCUGUCCGGUCGUCAGGCUGCCGCGGCGUCCCCGCGUCCAGAAACUCAUUUCCGUCCUGUGGAUUUCACCUUGACGCUGUCAUCAUGUCAGGGUCUAACGGUGCCAAUGAGAACUCCCACAACAAGGCUCGGACAUCUCCGUACCCCGGCUCUAAGGUGGAGCGGAGUCAGGUUCCUAACGAGAAGGUGGGCUGGCUUGUGGAGUGGCAGGACUAUAACCCGGUGGAGUACACUGCAGUCUCCGUCCUGGCGGGGCCCAGGUGGGCGGACCCUCAGAUCAGUGAAAGCAACUUUUCUCCCAAAUUUAAUGAAAAGGAUGGGCAUGUGGAGAGGAAGAGCCAGAAUGGCCUGUACGAGAUUGAAAAUGGAAGACCCAGAAACCCUGCAGGGAGGACAGGACUGGUUGGCCGGGGCCUUUUGGGGAGAUGGGGCCCAAAUCAUGCUGCAGAUCCCAUCAUAACCAGGUGGAAAAGAGAUGACAGCGGCAAUAAAAUCACACAUCCUGUUUCCGGGAAAUGCAUCUUACAGUUUGUUGCAAUAAAGAGGAAAGACUGUGGAGAGUGGGCAAUCCCAGGGGGUAUGGUAGACCCUGGAGAGAAGAUCAGUGCCACACUGAAAAGGGAGUUCGGUGAGGAGGCCCUCAACUCUUUGCAGAAGUCCAGUGCUGAGAAGAGAGAGAUCGAGGAGAAGCUGCACACGCUCUUCAGCCAGGAGCAUCUCGUGAUAUAUAAGGGGUAUGUUGACGAUCCUCGGAACACUGAUAAUGCGUGGAUGGAGACAGAAGCUGUGAACUACCAUGACGAGACAGGGGACACCAUGGACAAGCUCACCCUGGAGGCUGGAGAUGAUGCGGGGAAGGUGAAGUGGGUGGACAUCAGCGACCAGCUCAAGCUCUACGCCAGCCACUCUCAGUUCAUCAAACUCGUGGCUGAGAAACGAGAUGCGCACUGGAGCGAGGACCCUGCUGCUGACGGCCACGGACUGUAGCUUUCUCCAGAGGCCACCUGGGAGCACUGCAGACAGCAGGGUCGCAGAACUCACAUGCCACAAAGGACACUCGGAAAUGUUUGCAACUCGGUAAAGUGAGUGAACCCAGGGAAGUAGAACUCUGAAUUUUCAACUUUCUUCUCAGAGGAUUAGAGGUCAACAGAUUUUGUAUGUAUGAACAAAAGCAUGUCUGAACAAAACUUAAAUAACAAAUGUUCUCUGAAGAAUUGUAAUUAAAAUAAAAAUAAAACCCAGCUGCUGGUGA